AUCGGUGCUGCUCUGAAUUUAGCGGGUACACUUCAUACACUUUCGACAAAGAGCUUUCCAUAUUCGACAGCAUAGCGAAGUUAACUAGCGUUGUUUUGGUUAAGAGAAAGUAUGCGGGAUUAAAGUAGGGUUUUACAUAGUAUCAUGGAUUUAUGUUUGUUGUGAGUUAUGUUAAAAACAUCAUGCAGGCUUCUUUUCUGGGUCGAUUGUUUUCUUACUUCGCUCACUUACUUGCUAACUAGCUAAUGCUAAAGCUAACCCUAACCCAACAUUCUAAUGGUGGAUCGUGGACAAACUUCCCUUUUUGUCUUCGCGUGAAGUCGCUCGUAAACAAGAGGUGACCUUAUCAACAUUUUUCCUGUAUUUUCUGAAAUCAGAAAUCACUGACACUUUGGAUGGCCGUGGCUCCCGCCUUGAUGGCAGAUAAGAUAAUAGUCCUUGAUGAUGACGAUGAAGAGGAUAUCCCUCAACCCUCCUGCUCUGCCUCCACCUCAUCCUACCAGCUCAAAGCCAAACUCAUCUCCCCCCUCAGAGCUCCGCAGCCUGCCCCUACCCACAUUACACAGUCACCUUUUUCCUCUGCCAAGAAGAACCCACAGGUUCUGCAGGCCACCAACCAGAGGUUGUUUACUGAAUUUGUGGACCACUGCACCGUUCUCACCCAGGACUGCCCUGAGGUCUUAACUUUUCUCCAAACCAAACAUGCCAAGGCCUCCCCCGACUAUCUGUCAUCGGUGGAGUUCAGGAACACCUUGGGACGAUGUUUGACUCGCGCUCAGGCCAACCGUUCCAAAGCCUUUGUCUACAUCAAUGAACUGUGCACUGCACUCAAGCAGAAUGCAGCUAAGAGGAAGCUGAUCCUAUCCAAGGUUGAACCCCGACCUUCUACCUCAACAUCAAGUUCUUUCCGGUCUACCUCUUUUAUGCUAAAAAAUGACGACGAGACUAAAGUGAAGAUGGACGAAGAAGACGGAGGGGUGAACCCGGCAGCAGAGGAUAAGGAACCAUCCACCUCAGGGCUGCAGGAGGACCAGGAAGCAGAGAAAAAGACAAAGAGGGCUUCCAGAAAACAGAUAGCCUACCUGGAGAACCUCCUGAAGCUUUACAACGAUGAGAUCUGCCGCCUGCAGCAGGCCGAGCUGAGUUUGGACGACCUUGGAAAUGAGGGCUCUUCGUACAUCCAGGAGCACAAGCUGAAACGCAAGAUGAUGAAGAUUUAUGAAAAGCUGUGUGAACUAAAGAGCUGCAACACGCUAACCGGCCGAGUCAUGGAGCAGAGGAUCAGCUACAACAGCACGCGUUACCCUGAGAUCAACAGGAGGAUUGAGCGCUUCAUCAACAGUCCUGAGGCGCAGAGGAACCCUCCGGAUUACCAUGACAUCCUCCAGCAGGUGCUGCGCACCAACGAGCGCCACAACCUGUGCCUGACCCGGAAACUGCUGAACCAGAUCGCCCAGGAGGCUUUCAGAGAGACCGGGAGCCGCAUACAGGAGAGGCGUCACCUGGACCUGGUGUACAACUUCGGCUCGCGCUUCACUGACGCCUACAAGCCCGCCUCAGACCCGGCUCUGUCGGACAUCUCCCUGCUGCGGAAGCUUCGUUCGAACAGAGAAAUGGCCAUGUCCAGUCUCGAUGAGGUCAUCACCAAGUACGCUGUCAAACAGGAUGACACGGAGGAGCAGGAGAGGGCCAAACGACUGGAGAAAGACGGCAAAGACAAAAAGGCCAACAAAUCAGAAAAUGGAGAAGAAGAAAAGGAGGUGAACGGCAAUGCACAGGAGGAGGAGGAGGAAGAAGAGGUAGAGGAGGAGGAGGAUGAUGAUGAUGAUGAAGAAGAUGAGUCGUCAGACACUGACAUCGAGGAGGAGAUCCAGGCCAGCACUCAGCAAGUUGGAGACGAUGAUGAGGAGGACGGUAACGAGGCAGAACCUGCGUGUGACGCUGCCGACAAGGAGGAUCAGACGGAUCAGUUAGCAGGAAGCGUUACCAGAGAUAAAGAAGGAAACGGGAAAGAGGACAACGAGGAGCCAGUCACAAGUGGACUCAGUCCUCUUUCUGAGGACAGCGGCUCCCAAGUCUCUCCGCUGUCUGACCUCCCCUCCCCUAGACAGAGCCCCAGCCAAUCAGAGCCCAUGCAGACUGAGGAGAAGACGCCGCUGUCUAAUGGCGUCCCCUCAGCAUUAGAGGAGCCCGCAGAUUCCUCCAAUCACGUUCCAGUCGUGCCUGUGAGCACCAGCACUAAGGACGCUGCAGACGUAUUUUCAGCAGCAGCCAAUGGGGCGACUGUGCCGCUGUCGCCAGUAAUCAUCGUAGAAAAUUGCAAGACACAGACCAACGGCACGUCGCCGCCGCCCAGCAUCAGAGCCACGAGGAGCCAGAAGAGGAAGAGGGAGGAAAUGAUAUCCGGGAACUCCCGAAACUCAAAGCACAUACUCGUCCACGAGAGUGACGUGGAUAUCCCUCUGGAUAUGACCUGCAGCUCUCCACAGCGCGAAGAGUUAACCCGAGCGAGCACUCCAACCCGGGAAAUAGUCAGCAGCUCCCAGUCCACACCGCCGCCCAAGAAAAACAAGGUCAACGUGGCCACCCAGUGUGACCCUGAUGAGGUCAUCAUCCUGUCAGACUCAGAAUGACCUUUCACCUUUGACCUCUCACUGGACUGCAAGAUUGUUCACACUUUUUUUCAGGACUGGCCUUUUGUGCUGGUUUGUAAGAAGAGGAAAAACGGCUCAAACUGUUUUGGGGGGGAAUGUAUUUGGAAAGCUAUACAUUUAGUAUACAAUUUAAAUACAAUAUCAGCCAAUAUUUUUGAGAAGGCUUAAAUAAAAAAUAAUCAUAACAUCACAUUUGAAAGAGAGCUGUAUAACCUGGCAGGUUUUGGGGGGAAACCAAGUCAUGGUCCUUUUCUCCCAGCAGAGGAGCGUUGAUGCCCCACAUGUCCCCUGUCCUCUGUGUCACUAAAGGUGACCUAAUCCAGAUCAGUCGGCUGAUCCAAACGUCUGGCACAGUGCUUCCUGCCUUUCAGUGUAACACUAAUAAUGCUUCAGUUAUUAGUAGCAUUGAAAUGAGUUUGUUGGCGCUGUGAACGCAGAGGAAAAACUGCUUCUUGGGAUGAUCUUCCCCCAACAUGAACUUUUCUCUGUGUGAUUAAAGAUGGAAACCAGGGCCUGAAAACAUGAACUGUGCGACGGAUUGUUUUCACUGACACUCGACUGGCGAGGGCUUACCGCUAGUUUUGUUUAAAUUUUUAUAUUUCAAUCUCUUUUUGUCACAAAGGAGAGAGGGGAUUAAAAAGGACUUUUGACAUUGUUUUAUUUUCUACCUAUGAUGUGCAUGGACUAAGUGAGCUGUGUUCUCCAACAAUUUAAAACAAAAUGUUUUUUAUGUUUUACCUCAACACAUAUUUUUAUUUUUAGGUUUAUAAUAAAGUUUAAUGUUAAUAUUUUGUAUUGAGAUCUAUGGGUCCUGCAGGAAAGCUAUAUAGAUCCCAGAGUUUUGACAUUUUAAAAUUACACAUUUGGACAAGGCUAAUAUAGAAAGGUUUUAAGGAUAAGUGCAAGCAAUAUUCUUUAUUUGACUUAUUGUUAACAGAUCCCAUGAAAAGACCAACUCCAGAGAAUUGUUACUAAACUCUGUAUGGAAGAAUGAUACACAUUUCUGUCUCACAUCUAUUAAAAGCUACACAAGAGCCCCACUGGCGCUGGGUGACAUGUUCCUUCUUUAAAUUGAACAUGGACUGUAGUUUAUCUUGGGGCCCACAUACUCUGUCCUGCUGCUGCCUGAAAUAUUCAAUAGAGUUUUAUAUUUGUACUAUUCCGCGGCGAAAAAUAGUCCUAAAUAAAAGCACAGCACUAAAGGAUAAAGAUGGACGAACACAUUAGUGGUCUUUGUAUGGUCUUUGUUGACUAAGGCCUUAUCCUUUAAGGAACUAAAGCACACACUCCUAUGACUGAGAUGACUCAAAACAAAAGAGAGAGAGAUCAAGUUAAAUAAUCUUAUUUGCUCUGUCUAAGCACGACACUCAUCAUUUGGACACGUGCCCCUAUAACUAAGUGUAUUAAGCCAAGCCCAAAUCUAAACUCACCAAACUUUUAUUCUGACCCAUACAUUGAUUUCAUUCAACUAAUCAUUAUUUUCAGAGUUGUUCCUACCUGUCAUUACACUGUGUAUUCAGAACAUUUUUUGGCCAUUAAACUUGAAACAAAUUGACAAAAGCAUUAUGAUGUCUUUUGUGAGUUUUCUGGUAAUUUUAGAAGUUUUUUUUUCUUUUUUUAGUUGUAAAAUACUAUUUAGAACUUAAGAUCUCCAUCAAUUGAUGAAUUAUUUCCCUUUAUCACAGCCAGUUGUCCUGUCCUCAUUUAAUGGAGCCCUUGAGCUCUUUGGUGAAGGCAACUAUCUGUCUUUUGCCCUGAAUCCAAUGUUUAUACAUUUUCCGAUUGAAAAUAAUAUUUUGGAGUAAGCCGACUUCUCAAAGGAAUUUAGUUAUCACGGAUACUAGGCCUCAUCUAUGCAGAGAGGUGAUCCAUCCACUGUGAAUUGUUUUGUUUUUCAAUUUUGAUAAAUAAAUGAUAUUUUUGUAAUGUU